AUGCCAGCAGGGGGCGGGGCGGAGUCCGAAGAGGAGAAGGGAGGAGGGGGAGGGGGGAGUGUGGAGGGAGAGGGAGUUAAGGUGGUUGAGGAGUGGGGGAUGGGAAAGGUGGAAGAGGAUGAAAGAGAUGAAAAUUCGGGUGUUGGCGUGCGGUCACUGGGGGCCUUUCGGAGGCGGCAUGCCGUCAUGCUGGCCGUUGCGGGCUGGGCCGAAGGGCCUAGCCAUUCGUUAUAUGGGGAUUGA